UAGAUUAAAUCAGAAGUACAUCGGACAUUUUUGUCUGAGAAUUGGAAGGACAUUGGCUUCUGAGCUGCAUGUUUGGAAAACUCUCUAUGACAACGUGUUUUGUCAUGUGGUCAACCAGGAAGUAAUCAUGUCGGGCACACAAGGAAGUAGCUAUUUUUAGAAUAACAGUAUUAGAAUGUCGUCUGCUAGUUACACACGUUUCGGAGCCAGAUGAUCUAUGUUCUUGUCCUAGUGGUGGCGAAAUAGUAGCAUGACCACGGACUGGACAGUAUUAUUGGCCCUGUCGCUGACGGUCAACGGAUGUGUAUUCAUUCAUUGUUUGUGUCUUAAAGGACGUUCUUACCUGGCAAGAAAAUGUUGCUGUAACAAGUACAAUGUGCUUGUUGUGGCCAGCCAGGUGUAUGCAGAUAAGCCGGAUCAGUUAGCUAGAAGAGUGACGGAACAGCUGGUCCUGGCGCUUCUUGUUGUCCUAAGUUGUGUUCUAAUAAGUAUAUCCGGAGUUCUUUUCUCACCGUUCCGGAGCGAUAUUGACCCCGCCUUUACAGUUCCUAUACAGAUAACACUGGGAAUUUAUCUGGGAAAGUACAUUUACGUAAUAGCUCAAUACAUCCACGUGCCAAAACCCGCGAAUACGUCGCGUCUGCGUAUUGACUUUGUUCACCAUCUUACGACGGUUGUCUGCUACUCAAUUUUUGUGAUAUUUAUGCAGAAUUUGCUAUUGGCUCUAGUCGGGAUCACCAUGGAGAUGAACACUAUGAUUAUCGACUUCUCUCGGACAGCUAAAGACAUGAACGAGAACAAGACAAGUUUUUACCGGAAGUUGAGUAUUGCUGGUUGUGGUUUUACGACACUUUUCCGAGGAGCCAUACCGUUUGUGUUUCUGGUAAUAUGUAUUUUUCGGGAAACGCCAUUCGACAUGAGAUAUGCACCGCUCACUGCAUUUUUUGUAAGCUUGAUAUUUUUUUCCGUGAUCAAUGUAUGGUUAAUACUUAAUUCAGUUCAGAGACUAUACAAUGUGUACAGAUAUUACAGAAUGAGUGUCGACUGCGACGGACCCCCGUGUGCGCCCGAGUCCAUGAAAAACAAUCUGGGAUAUGUACGAAGCUAUGACAACAGAAAUAUAAAUACUUGUGAUGAUGAAAAACUGAAUCUUAAUAAGAAGAAUUUUACCAAGGAGUCUAUCAGAUUGCCUUUCACAAUACAUCUGGACAAGCUAACUGAUAAUCGGUCUGUGCUAUUACCAAGUUCCCCGGAUGAUGAAAAUGCAAACAAUGAGAGGAUAAAUGCCUCUAGAAUUAUAAACGACAUCGGUAGUUUACGGCGAAGCACCGAUUCCACUAAUUCGGACUCAUCCGGUGGUUACGUGGUGACGAUUUUACCCGAGAUUAAUGACGUACGAUUUACAUCUCAUCAAACAUUAAAUUCAUUCAGAGGUCAAAGUUCAAAUUAUGACGAGACAAAUGAUACGUCACACUUACCCACUGGCGCUACUAAAAACAAUUAUGUAGAGGCAGAUGACAUUUCUAGUGACACAGACAGUUAUUGAUACAUAAUUCUGCAUUAAAAGUUACAGUUACAGUCCGAAUGCUUACAUGUAUAUAUAUGGUGUACACAAACGGUCCGUGGGGUUGGGGUUCUGUCCCACGGCCCUGUGGGAUUCAACAGUAUAUUAACCAAUUAGCAACAUGGCUUUAUAGUCCCGCGUUUAUAUGUGCUAGCCUUGAAAUGGUAGUUAUUUUUUUAUUUCUGAAUAAUUAUUUCUAUGUUGUUAUUGUUGAUAAUUGGAAAUCAUAUUAGUUCUAGUCAAACCAGAAUGACCUGUCGCGUUGACCUUUUUGUGGAAUAUUCAAAGUGGGUAGUUCCAUUUGUGCACAGGUGUGUUAACAAAACAUAUUGAUUGGGAAUACUACUGUGUCCAGCAGGAUGCUGUUUUGGACCAUUCGUUUUUGUUACAAUUUUUUAUUGACAACACAGGGAUUGUAUCAUUUAGUUUUUAUGUAUGGUUUACACAUAUUCAAGUAACUAUGUGAUCAAUUGUUCACAUGUUAACAGUUUUGUUGCUAAAUCUAGACCAGUAUAAAUACAAAUCAACUAAUAGAUACAAAGCACCUAUUUCCCCUAAAUGACUAUAGACUCGUCUGUAAUCAAUAUGCUAAUCAAAGUUCAACACGACAGGUCAUUCUGUUCGGACUAUACCAAUCAAAUAGACUGGACAGUAACGAGCUAUAAAGACAUGUCAGAACUGAGUAUUCUGUCUUCCGUGAUAGUAACAUCAUAGUAUUAGACUCGUCUGUCGAUAAACUCUAUAUAGUAUCACUGUUUAUAUACUAAGUAUAUUGACAGACGAGUCUAAUACCUAUAGUAACAUAUCGUGUGGGCUACAAUGUAAUUUAUAUAAAGUUUAACCAUUACGUGAUAAUACCGUUCAACUCGCGCACUUACGUUAUAAUGUGACGUCAUUCAUUUGUUUUAAUUGCGGGGUAACAAUAAGUGACCUGUAUAAUAAGGUAUUGGUUUAAGGUUCAUACCUCCUACUGUACAGGAAUGAAAAUAGACGGAUAGACAUUGUUUCAGUCUAAUAAACAAAUCGGUCUCGAUUUGUUGGAAUAAAAGUACUUUGUAUGACUGUA